CGUAGCCCCUGACUUGGGCGUAAACAUUGGACAAGAAAAGUGUCACUCGGAACAAGGACAGAUAAGCAGGAAACAUGUCGAAGGCCCCAGUGGUCACGGGCAUUUCGCCCAUAGAGGGAGUGCCAGGGACCAAAGUCAUUAUUCGUGGAGAAAAUUUUGGAAACCGUCCAGAAGACUUGAUUGGUCUAACCAUAUGUGGUGUUGAUUGCCUUAUGACUGCGGAAUGGAAGACAAGUAACAAGAUCAUUGCACGAAAUGUCGCUGGUAAUGGCAAAGGAGAUAUUAUUGUUACAACAGUUCAAGGUUCAAGAGGAACUUCUACUGUACAGUUCAAAGGAUAUCAGGAAACAAUGGGACUUCUAAAGGAAUCGGCCGUGUGGGUAGAUGAGACCAUCUUCCUCAACAUGGCCUUUGGGAGGAAAAGGCCAAUGUCCCCUACAUCCGCCCUGCAGGAGGACCCUCUUGGACUCUCGGUUGAAGGCAAUGAUCGCAAGGUUUUGAACGAAGACCUGGAGGAAAUGUUUCCUGGUUGCUCGGGAGACCUCUCCUCCACCAAAUUCAACCCAGAAUGGUUCCUCCUCGAGAAUCAUUACUCCACCUCGUAUGACGACCUCAGAGCAGGCUUGGCAUACCUGAGGCGUAAAGUAGAGACACAGAAGAUGGGUCAGAUAUCCUUCCUAAAGACUAAUGUUGGCUCGGUGUUGGAGCAACUAGACACGCUGCUGGAGCUGAAAUGCAAGUUUGAGAGCGACAUCCAAGAAUAUGGCCGAAAUAUUACCCAAGUGUUAGAGAAAUCCAUUAUAGAAUGUAAAGAGGAAGCAGACAAGCUCUUUGAGGAUGUCCUGCAGCGGAAGGACCGAGCCGACGGGACGCGGAAUGCCCUCAAUGUGCUUCAUCGAUUCCGCUUCCUACUGUACUUGCCCGUUAACAUUGAGAGGCACAUUCAGCGCGGGGACUAUGAUGUGGUUAUUAAUGACUACGCCCGCGCAAAAAGUCUCUUUGGAGAUACACAAGUUCCUCUUUUUAGGCGAUUCUAUAAUGAGGUGGAGAAGCGUAUAGAUGACUUACGAGGAGUGCUUGGAGAACAGCUGACUCGAAUGCCAUCAUCACUAGAACACCAAAAGAAAAUAAUUAGAAAUCUUCAUCACCUGGAGACUCCCGGUGACCCCGCCUGGCAGUGUCUCACAGCGCAGCACGAGUACAUCCUGCACCUCCUGAUUUCAGUCCGCGAUUCGCAUCUCAAUCGAGAGAUGGCGGAUCAUGAUCUCGGCUCUGGGGGUGGGAAAAUGGGCGGGGGUGUGGGUGGUUCCAGGCACUCGACACCAGCUGCCAAGUACAACAAGAUUAUGAUGUCAUCUGUUGGGGAGUGGCAGGCCAAUGCCCCAGUGCGUGUUCUGUGGGUAGAGGAAGCUUGUGAGGUGUUGUCCACCAACUUCCCAGACAUGUGGAAACUUAGUCAGGCUUACUUUGGCGGGGAAUUGUUGCCUCCAUCAGCUCAGGUGGAUCAUCUGAAGCACCCCAGAUGUAAGGAAAUGAUCUUGGAGUUACUUCAUGUGUUCAGUGGACUGAUGCGAGGCGCCAUAAUGCCUCACUCCCUUGACCCUGUUGGUGCAAACUUCCGAAAUUACCAUGUUUGGCCUGAGGCUUCCCCUGAUCAGAUAACGCCAUGGUUACCACAAGUUUUGCGACAUGUGCGUGGGUGUUAUAGUACGCUGCUGACACAAGAUCUCCCUAAUGAUGCCCUUGAUGUUGUUAAGGACUUGAUUUUGGAUCUGAGAGUUCAUUGCCUAAUGUCAUUGUUCCAACAAACGGUAGAGCAUGUCCGCAGCCUACACACUCGAGAGAAAUGGAACCUGGAGGUUGAUGAUGAGAAUGGAGGUUGCACACAGUUGCCACACAUCUGUGAAAAUGUGAUUGUAGAAUGUGCCCAGCUUGUCCGUGAAACCGUCUUAGAAUCUGGGCCGCGGGAAACACCACUCCUCGAUCAUCCUACUGUGCAUAGGGAUAUCAUAACUCUAAUACACAAUGUUAUUGUUGCAUUUGCUCAAUCACUUGAGAAGUUGAGCCAAGUCAGUCUGCAUGACCCUGACGAGGAUGACAGUGACUGCAACAUCAGCGAGAAUGCGCCAGGUGUUGAGGCUCAACUGCUCAUUACACUAAGCAACUGUGCCUUCAUGCGACGCACAAUCCUUCCGCGGUUAUCAGACUCUCUGGUGAGAGCUUCGUACCCUCCAGAGGCUGUGAAAGAAGCUGUAGAGCAGGCUAGUGGAACGUAUACGGAGCUACAAGAUAGGCUCUUCGAAGCUUACUUGGAAGAAAGGGUUGAUCCGAUUAUUGGCAUGAUUGAGCGGUCCAUGUACCUGGGUCAGUAUGACUGGGGGAAAGUCGAACAUCCUCCGGCCGACGUCCGCACUUACGUCAAGGAAAUUCUUAUCAAUAUCACCCAUGUUCAUGCAGAGGUCGUGGGCGUAUGGCCAGGGCUUGUUGGCGGACUUGUGGGGAGAGUUGUCGAGGGUGUUGGCGAAGAAAUGUCACGUCUCAUCACCUGCGUCGGUCACUGGUCUCCAGCUGGGGCACUGCAGGCACAUAUAGACCUGGAUGCUUUGACCAGCGUGCUCCGGAAUCACAUGUCACAAGCAGCAAGUUAUUAG